AUGCACCCCCAAACCCUCCCAAUAACACUCACCCUCCUCCUAUCAGCCCUAAUAUCCUCCACAACGUCCUGGACCCUAACCACCCGCAACUCCACCACCGGCGCAACCAUCAUCCACGAAACCGCCCCCCAACCCUGCACGCCCAUCCACCAUCAACAAGGCUACGAAUUCUCCUUCGACCCCGAAGGCUCCUGGUGUUUGGAUUUCUGGAGCGAAGCAACAUGUCAAACCCGGAUUGGGUGGUCGUGUGAUGGCCAGGUCUGGAGGAAGGUCGCGUCCAAGGAUAUUGAUGCUUUUGAUGUUUAUGUUAUGCCCAAUGAGAGUACUAGUACUAGUACAAGUACAAGUACAGGGGUGAGUGGGAGUACGGGUGUGGUGGUGGACGCGAGUGCGAGUGCGAGUGCGACUGGGUCUGGGGAUCGGAAUGCUACAGCCACAGCAACUGGAACUGGGACGGCUGCUACACAGCAGGCGGAUGAAAAUGGGGCUGUGAAUUCGGAGUCACAGUCCGGGUCAAAGAUAUCGGGUGGUGCUAUCGCGGGAGUUGUGGUGGGAGUUGUUGCUGGGGUUGCUGUUCUGGGUAUGUUGGGCUUCUUAUUGUGGAGGAGACGGGGGCAGAAACGGGUGGAUGCUGGGGAUGGAGCAGGACAGGGUACUCAUGGGUCUCCUGAAUCGGGUCCUCGUGGGGAGCUUGAUGCGGAGGGUGUUGUGGCUGGCCAGAAGCCUGUCGUGUCGGAGGUGCAGAAAGGACAUGCGGAGUUGUAUCACGAUGCUCAUUCGGGGAUGAAGAGGGCUGAGUUAUCCGGUCAGGGGGCGAGUGCGGAGUUGGGUGGUCAUCAGGUGGCAGAGUUGGAUGGACAGGGCUAUGAACGGAAGGCUGGAUGA